GGGCAACUACUCAAUCACCUCAAAUAUUCGCAAAGUGUUGAAAUCAGUUGAGAAACUUCGGUCGAAGCGCUGCCACUGGCGCACGCAUUUCCUUGAUUGGUUUUCUAAAGCCGCACAGAGUUCAAACGUUUAACCAAUUAUUUUCGAAAAGUCAAUAACGAGCGAUGGCCAAUGCGGUGGCAUGCAUCUGCAACAUCAUACAUCCGUGUCGCAAUGAAAUUUCCGGUACUUUCGUUCUACUUCAAUGGAUUGUGACGGGCAUUGCAGCGAUUGUAAAGGUGGUGCGCCCCGUCUGGUUGCUAUUUGGCGUACGCACGCAUAUACCGUUAAGAGAUGAGGAUUACAAUACCACAUGGAUGUACAUGGCGAAUGAUGACGGCGAUACGGAAUUGGCUUAUCUGCUAGAGCCGCCACCAGAGGUCGAGCGCAAUAUGCCGAUGUUCAUACAAUUCGAAUAUUAUAAUAGUGACCCAACUCCCUUCAUCAGCAAUUUCUCUAUCGAACCCUACGAAGAAGCAACGCUACAAGAGCGUCACGAGAUCGAUGAGUGGGACGAGCUGUUGGCCGAAUUUAAACCCGAACUGGAUACAAAGAUGUUAGUGCACGGUUGGAAGUCGAGCACGCAGAGCCGUUCGAUACAGUCGAUACGCCAGGCCUAUACGAAGCGUGGUAUGGUCAAUGUGUUUGCUAUAAAUUGGCGCGAUCAGGCGGAUAGCAUUUAUUAUCUGAAGCCGGCGCGUUAUGCUAUACAUGUGGGACGCGCUGUGUCGCGGCUUAUUGAUUCGCUGGUGGAGAAACGCCAUGCCGAUCCGCAGCGCAUACAUUUGAUUGGGCACAGCUUGGGCGCGCACAUUAUGGGCUAUGCCGGUUCGUAUUCCAGACAUCGGGUCGGUCGUAUCACAGGUCUUGAUCCUGCACGCCCGGCUUUUGAGAACUGCAUUGGCCCUGAGAAUCAUUUGGAUGCCACCGAUGCGCAGUUUGUUGAUGUGAUUCAUAGCUGUGCCGGCGUUUUGGGUUUCCAGAAACCGAUUGGUACCGUUGAUUUCUAUCCGAAUGGUGGACGUGCACCACAACCGGGUUGCAGCGAGUUGGCAAAGAUUUUUACUGGCUGCAGUCACGGUCGAUCUCAUGAAUACUUCGCCGAAUCUAUUAAUAGUGAAAAGGGGUUCCAUGCCAAUGCCUGUAAUUCCCUAGAAGACUUGAAAGCAAACAAUUGCGGGGGUGAACGCAUACUUAUGGGCGAUCCAGUUCCAUUGCAUGCACAUGGCGUAUACUUUUUGAAAACAGCUGACAAGCCCAGCUUCGCUCUAGGAGUAAGGGGCUGAGAAGCUUUUUGAUAAUGUGAAACACGAUAAUAUAAUUAGUUAUGAAAAAAGUAUUGUAUUGAAGAUAAAUAACUUUUACGCAUUGAAAAUAAAAACGAAUUUGCAAUUUUA